UUCGUUUCUGUUGUGGAUGUCAACUCAGAGCAGAGAAAACACAAAAGAAAAAAAAUCUUCCGUCGUUUCGUUUGUAUGCGCGAGUGAGAGUGCAAAGGAAGAAAGUUUUUACAAAGCAGCAAAAGCGAAUAAUCAUCAUUGCUGUUGGAGGUGGUGUUUUUCUCCGCGAAUUCGAAAACCGAUUUUUUCCACUCGCGUCAGCAGAUUCCGUAUCGCCAGGAAAGCAUUUUAUCGCGACGCGUUCCCUUCCGGACCCGCAACGAAAAACAUUCCACUGAACCGUGACCGGAAGUGAUUUUGAAACUCCAGCAGAAAAGGGGGGCGUAUUUUUGGAAGGCCCCAAGCGUUUGUGUGUCACCGCGAGAUUUUUGCUUUCUCAGCCCUAAGAAAAAGCGACUCUUCCUGAUUCUGGUGAUUGAUAAGGGAACGAGAAUCGAAAGCGCAAGGCAAGGAAGCAUAACAAUCAUUGUUGGAUAUUGAUAAGCCAUGGAGUACGAAAGCGUAGUGCUGGUCAAGCAGGAAGUGUUCGUCUACAAGAUCCCCCCGAGGCAGAGUAACCGUGGCUACCGGGCCGCGGAUUGGAACCUGGGCGAGCCAACGUGGACCGGCCGAUUGCGGAUGGUGUCCAAGGGGAAGACGCUGGCCGUCAAACUGGAGGACAAAGUGACGGGGGCACUGUUUGCCAACUGUCCCAUCGAGGCGUACCCGGGAGUGGCCAUCGAAGCCGUGUCCGACAGCUCCCGGUACUUCGUGCUGCGGAUACAGGACGAUAAUGGUUAGUACGGG